GGCUAGAUGUAUAAACCGGACACCCUUACGCGCCGCGGCAGUCUGAGAUCCCUGCGAAGCGCCCCCCUACUGAGCACGGUGCUGGAGAGCACCCUCUCGCUGACCCGCAUCCAUCCGAUCGCCUCGCUGGAACUGCCCGGCCUCGACUAUGCCAUUCAAUCGCAAUCGGCUCUGGGCGGCCUUGGCCACCAUCGCGAACUAGGCACCUCCCUGCGCAGUGGCAUUGCAGCGAUCACAGCGGCCAGCGCCUCCGCCGGCGGCCUCUCCCAAUCGCAGAGCGCCCUCUUGGGGCGGUACGGCCCAAACGCCUCCAUACGCCACAACGAGCGAAAGAUUGUCCAACCGAAACGGGUUCUAUCACGCAAACUAAAGCCACAUCUUGUUGCGGACACCGUUAAGCAGUAUAUAAGUCGGGCCCAACGCACAACCAAAAAGGGUACCCAAGAGCAACAAAAUAACAUGGAGUUUUUACGCGGCGUCUAUGCGUUUAUGCAAGUGAGUAGAUCAUCGGUGUCUCAUGUCAAAAUCGAUUCACCUGUUUUUCGCCUGCACACCAACGCAACGGUUAUAUUACUGAUCACAUUCUCGAUUGCUGUGACGACGCGGCAGUACGUAGGAAAUCCCAUAGACUGUGUACACACAAGAGACAUUCCCGAAGAUGUUCUCAACACAUAUUGUUGGAUACACUCAACGUAUACAGUGGUCGAUGCGUUUAUGAAGAAGCAAGGUUCCGAGGUGCCUUUUCCCGGAGUUCACAAUUCACAGGGGCGUGGCCCUCUAACAAUAAAGCACACAAAAUAUUAUCAAUGGGUAGCGUUUACACUAUUUUUUCAGGCAAUCUUAUUUUAUACACCAAGAUGGCUGUGGAAAUCUUGGGAGGGUGGCAAGAUUCAUGCGCUCAUCAUGGACUUAGACAUAGGCAUUUGUUCCGAAGCCGAGAAAAAACAAAAAAAGAAAUUACUUUUAGAUUAUUUGUGGGAAAAUUUAAGAUAUCACAAUUGGUGGGCGUACAGAUAUUACGUGUGUGAGCUGCUCGCCCUUAUAAAUGUGAUAGGUCAAAUGUUUCUUAUGAAUCGAUUUUUCGAUGGCGAAUUUAUGACAUUUGGCCUGGAUGUGAUAGAUUAUAUGGAGACCGAUCAAGAAGACCGCAUGGAUCCUAUGAUUUACAUUUUUCCCAGAAUGACCAAAUGUACAUUUUUUAAAUAUGGUUCAAGUGGGGAGGUGGAGAAACACGACGCCAUUUGCAUUUUACCAUUAAAUGUUGUUAACGAGAAGAUUUACAUUUUCCUUUGGUUUUGGUUUAUCUUAUUAACGUUUCUCACGAUGUUAACGCUAAUAUACAGGGUGGUUAUUAUAUUCUCGCCUCGAAUGAGGGUCUACUUAUUUCGUAUGCGAUUUAGGUUAGUGCGUCGUGACGCUAUUGAAAUAAUCGUUCGUCGUUCGAAGAUGGGCGAUUGGUUUUUGUUGUAUUUACUAGGUGAAAACAUAGAUACAGUUAUAUUUCGUGAUGUUGUACAGGACUUAGCGAAUCGUUUAGGACAUAACCAACACCACAGGGUGCCUGGAUUGAAAGGUGAAAUACAGGAUGCAUGA